UGGGCGGUGCGAAAAGGCGCGUGUGCUGCUUUCCCGAAUGUUUUCAUUCUUCGCUGUUGUUGUGAAGCUGUACUCCCUAUGAUUAAUCUCCUUCGAUAAAUGAAACAUUUUAAAUCAACAUUGUGGUGAAAGACGUUUAGCGUCCGUGUCCAUUCUUUUGCAGCAUUUGCUCUGAUAUAUUUUAUUCGUUUUAAAUACGGACUCCUCAAACCAAACAGGCAAGAUGAGUAAAGUGCAAGGUGGAAUGAAAUGCGUGAAAUAUCUUCUGUUCAUCUUCAACUUCAUAUUCUGGGUGUCUGGUCUGCUGGUGCUGGCGGUGGGCCUGUGGCUGAUGUUCGACCCCGACACCACCCAGCUGCUGACAGGAGACGGUGCUCCAGACACCUUCUUCUUAGCGGUCUACAUUCUGAUUGGGGCUGGUGGUCUCAUGACGGUGGUGGGAUUCAUCGGCUGCUUCGGGGCCAUAAGAGAGUCGCAGUGCCUUCUGGGAUUGUUCUUUGCUUGUCUUCUUGUCAUCUUCGGGGCUGAGGUUGUGGCUGGAGUGUUUGGGUUCUUAAACAAAGAAAAGAUAGUGGAGGAGGUCCAGAAGUUCUACAGCGACUCGAUCACUGACGAGACCAGCCCAAAUGCCACUGCCAUAGCAACCGUUUACCACUCUGUGCUGAACUGCUGUGGAGGCUCCACCCCUAACCCUUCUCUCUGCAGUGAUGCUGGGGAAGAUGCCAAGGACUGUCUCACGGCAAUAACAGACUUCUUCAAUGAAAAGCUCUACAUCAUUGGAUAUGUGGGGAUGUGUGUUGCAGGAGUAAUGGCCCUUGGCAUGAUCUUCAGUAUGGUGCUGUGCUGUGCUAUCCGAAACAACCGGGAGGUCAUCUAGACCCCCCUCCCCCUCCAGACAGACCACAGACACCAACUAUAAUCACGUGUCUGAACUGGGGAGGGAGGGCAACACAGUCGACUAUGAGAAGAUGUUUCUGCCUUCUUCGAUAUGCAAGACCAGGGACAUUUUAUAUAAUUGAAUGAACACAAUUACUAUGGCAUUCCCAGCAUCUUCCUGAUUAGAACCAUGCAUUAUCUCUUACUUUUCUGCUACUUCUACUGUUCUCCCAGCAUCAUACUAGCCAUCUCUGUCAUCAUCACUCUCAUACACACAACGUACUUCUCUGACAUCUAGCGUCUAGUAACUAGGUCGUCUCUGUACAUGGUAGACAAUUCACGUUCUCUGUGACGUGGGAUGAGGAGGAGUACUGAUGUAAAUAGAAACCUUAUUUUUAACACUUAUUUAUUCGAUGUUCUUUGCGACCUCCAAUUUGGGUGAUGAUUUUGUGUAACACUCACCCGGCGUGUGUUCGUGUAGAUCUAUUUGGUGUCAUACUAAAUGACGGCACUUGAGCUGCUCUUCUGUGCCCUCCGAGAAGGCGGUCUUUUUGCUAACAAAUCGCAGGAAAAAAAACGUUUGAAACGCACCAGCAGCUUUUAAAACUUUCGCCGCCAUUUCAGGGUAGCGGUUAAGACAGAGCGAAGCAGCUCUGCAGUUCCUGCCUGAAUAUUUUCGACAUCCUUGACAGAAUAAUGGACUUUUACUUUUAGUGGUGCAGCUAAAACUGUUAGAAGGAUAUGCAACAUUUUGACGGUGAACUAGUGUGUUGUGUGAUUUGUGGAUGUUAAUGUUCUUGUGUGCCAACAAGAUGUGCGUUAUAGUUUGGUGUGGUAGAUCCGGGUUCUAAAUGAAGUUGGCUUGUUGUGAUUCAAUCGUACUUUUAAACCAGGAAUUAAUAAAGACCAUUGUCCAUU